GAGUCCGAGUCCCCCCCUCAAACACACAGACACACACUCACAGUCUGAGGACCGCAGGGCUGUGUGGAGGGGCUCGUGCUGAAACUUCAGUCCGGUAUAAUCUGCUCGAGGUGACCGGUGCUAUCCGCCUUCACGCGCACAGCCGAACCGAGCCGCGCCGGAUGGGGUGAGGAGGAAGAGUCCUAUGAGGAAGACUCCUUUGAGGAAGACUCCUAUGAGGAAGACUCCGAGCUGCUUCAGUCUGACGAAGGGUUCGCACCGAGGAUUCAACUUUGAGCAAAGUCUAACCCGGUAUAAACGCGUCCGGAUCAGACCAUUCAGACCUGGACUGAGGUGCAAAGUUUACUAACAGUUCUUGACCCAGUUCUGAUCAGUCUGAAGGAUUUAAUCAUGGUUCAUCAGCACGCGGGGCUCUGACAGACCUGAGCCCAGACUGAGGUGGGAUCAGCUGGUUUCUCCUGGUUCAUCCUCAGACCGUCUGAUGCCCGCGCGCUCCUCGCCUCUGCUGCACCUUUGAGCACCGCGAGCGGACCUUCCUCGGGACCGGGUCUCGGCUCUGUGUUAAACUCAGUCUUUAAUGGAUUUUCGGGCUCACCUCACUCAGACCGGAGGAUCUGGGCUAACGGAUUUUGGGGGCCGAUUGGCUCGUGCGCGUAAAUGUUCUCCACAGUAAUCUUUGUGCUGAAACGCCUCUGCAGCUGAUCUCUGGCUCACCUCGGUGCACCAGGCUUAUAAUAACCAGGAAGAUGAAGCCGUGCCUCCUCUCCCUGCUCCUCGCGUUGGACCUGGCCGCCGUGGCGCUUAGUCUGUCCACGUGCAGCACGCUGGACAUGGAGCAGUUCAAGAAGAAGCGGAUCGAGGCUAUCCGGGGUCAGAUCUUGAGCAAGUUGAAGCUAAGCAGCCCCCCGCAGGACUAUCCCGACCCCGAGGAAGUGUCCCGGGAUUUCGUGGCCAUCUACAACAGCACGCGGGACCUCCUGCAGGAGAAGGCCAACGAGCGCGCGGCGACGUGCGAGCGGCAGCGCAGUGAGGAGGAGUACUACGCCAAGGAGGUGUACAAGGUGGACAUGCAGCCUUUCUACCAUGCAGAGAAUGUGAUCUCAUCGCCCUCCUUUAACCCAUAUUUUCGGCGGUUAACAUUUGAUGUGUCUUCGAUGGAAAAGAACGCCUCUAACCUGGUGAAGGCGGAGCUUAGGAUCUUCCGUCUCCAGAACCCAGGAGCUCGAGUGUCUGAGCAGAGGAUUGAGCUGUAUCAGAUUUUAGGACACAAAGUGACGGCCCCGACUCAACGGUACAUCGACAGCAAAGUGGUCCGCACUCAGACCGAGGGAGAGUGGCUGUCGUUUGACGUGACGGAGGCAGUGAGUGAAUGGCUUAACCACAGAGACAGAAACAGUGGGUUCAAGCUCAGCCUGCACUGUCCCUGCUGCACAUUUGUACCAUCCAACAACUACAUCAUUCCCAACAAGAGUGAGGAGCUGGAGGCGCGCUUUGCAGGUAUUGAUGACAGCUUUAUUCAUGGCGGUGAUCUGAAGGUGUUUAAGAAGCGGCGGCAAGGCUCUCGGGCUCCUCACCUGCUCCUCAUGCUGCUGCCUUCAUACCGGCUAGAGUCCCAGUCACAGCACAAGACUCACAGAUCCAGGAGAGCCCUGGAUGCUGCCUACUGCUCCAGAAACGUCCAGGAUAACUGCUGCUUACGGUCUCUCUAUAUCGACUUUAAGAAGGACCUGGGCUGGAGGUGGAUCCACGAGCCAAAAGGCUACGAGGCUAACUUCUGUGCUGGAGCCUGUCCAUACCUCUGGAGCGCGGAUACCCAGCAUUCCAAGGUGUUGGGUUUGUAUAACACCAUCAACCCUGAAGCAUCAGCGUCGCCCUGCUGCGUGUCCCAGGACCUGGAGCCCCUCACAAUCCUCUACUACAUCGGCAAGACCCCCAAAAUAGAGCAGCUCUCCAAUAUGAAGGUCAAAUCCUGCAAGUGCAGCUAGGAGCCUGUGCAACCGAGCAGACUCUGUCCUUCAUUCACGCAAACAUAGAUGGACCAAGGGGCCGCCACAGUACCACAAACCUGACUGUGAUAUCUGAGAUACGCUGUGACUGUGUUUGUGACGGCUUCAUUACACAAAGACUGGAGCUCUACCAGAGAUCUUCAUGGUGAAUCCUGGCUGCUCUGAGUUAGUUGUACAGCAUCAAGAUCUGUUUAAUACCAUGCAGGUUUUCAUACCUCCAGACCUCCUGUCCUGGAGAAUCUGUGUGUUGGCCGGUUUCAGCAGAUGUCUAAAUAACAACGCUCUGAUGAGGAAAACCAGGCUGAAUCAUGAUGGUCCUGCAGCAGCUGGAAAAACAGGAAAUAAUGAACACAUAUUCACACAUGACCUGGGCAGCUCUACAGACUGAUCUUUGGGUGAAAUUUUAUAAACCUGAAAUUAAUUGUUUGUCCAUAGACCGUUUGCUAGACGUGGACGUGGCCACAGCAGCAUUUUCAUCAGUUUGUUCACUUCCCUCUUGAAAUCUGAAACUCAGCAUGUGGGCUGUUGGCAUUUUGGUUUUUGGGAAAGGAGGUGACUCUAACUGAGUGAGAAGAUGGAAACACAGGCAGCCCUAGCUGACAGGUGAGGACCUGUUAGAACUCAGAUGUCCCCUGUCAAACUCCUCCCCCUCUGACUUCUCCCAUGCCUGACCCCUCCCCUGUCGGACCCCUCUCCCAGCUCCUCCCCUAUCAACACCGCUCCUGACCCAUCCCCAUUGACUCCUCCCUGUCUGACUCUGCCCCCACUUCCUGCUCUCUGUGACUCUGAUCAUCAUUUACUAAAUGAACAUCAUGCUGUGUUGAAGAAGAAACCAGAGAUUGAGACCAUAAAAUGAUUAAUGUUUACUGAGGGAAUGCAUCAGCUGAGGAGGAGGAGGAGGAGGAACAUUUUCUGUAGACUGAUAUACAAUCAGAGGAGUCGCCCCCUGCUGGACAUUAAAGUUACCUUUACAAUGGUUCCACUUAUAUAAACACAAGGCUACGUCCAUGUCUUACACACGGUCUAUGCUGGAAGCAGAAUAUGGUAAAGACCGUUUAGUGCCUUCAGGUGUGAUACUGCUGACGGCCCCCAGGCUUCAGUUUAAAAUCAUUUGAUGGUAUGAAGAGGUUUGUUACUAAUAGCAUCAUCAUCAGCUGGAGGAACACACACCUGACACUACCCUCACACAAACCUGACACACACCUCACACACACCUGAACACACACCUAAACACACAGACUGAAAUAUGUUGAAGGUUAAAUGAUGUGACUGAUUUCAUACCUGUGUGACAUCACUGACCCGGCAUUCACACACACACACACACACACACACACACACACACACACACACACACACACACACACACACACACACACACACACACACACACACACACACACACACACACACAGAAAGACCACAUCGAACAUAUCCAUCAUACUACAGACUAGUCUCCAGAGCCUGGUCUCCUUGGUUCACCGAGGUUUACAGAGUGUUGUUAAAGAAGAGCUGGUUAACAGGAAACAUGUCUCUGUUUGAAAUGUUCUGCUGCUUCAGGUUUAAAAUGAACAUUUAUUUUUAUAAUGAUUUACAAAUCUACACAGUCUGUUUAUAUAAACAUGUUACACAGCAUACAAGGAACCUUUUUGGUACUGGGGCCUUAAGAACUGGUUGUUAUGAUAAGUGAGAGGAGAGAAAGCCCAUGUCACAAUACCUAAAGGAUUCUGAAUGUUCUUACAGAGCUCUGAUUUUGUGUCUGCAGGACACACUUUUAUUGAAGUGAUUUUCAGUGAAACUGCUCAUAUUUGUUAGGGUUUGUUUGUUUGUUUUUUGUUAUUUUUAUUACUUAAUAUUUAUUUAUUUUGAUUGUUUCAGUUUAAUUGCUGUUUUUUGUCAUUUCUUUUUGUUUGUUACAUUUUUUUUGUUUGAUUUUUAUUUUAUUUUAUUUUAUUUCAGUUGUUUCUGUUCAAUUUUAUUUUGUAUUUUUUGAUUCCUGUUUUUGUUUUUGGUCUGUUUGUUUGUUUCUGUUUAUUUUUAUUUGCUUUCAUUUAUUUCAGAAAUGAGGAAAGUUCAUUAAACACUGAAAACAUCCUCAUUACAUAAUGUAAACAUCAAUAUAAAAACAUCUGUUCAUUCGUUAUGAUAAAGGCGGUACACUCUUUGAAUCUUUGUAUUUAAUAGUCACGUAACAGCGGCCUGUGACUCCAUUUCCCAUGAUUCAGUGGGUUAAACAUAAUCAGCUGAAUGGAUGAAGCCAGUCUCCUUCGGGACAAACUGUGUUAAUGUUUUUAUUUAUUUAGACAAAGAAAGACAAAGAAACAUGUUUGGAAAAGAUGAAGUUCAAAUUCAUUUACAUUUCAGAGUAUGAAUACUGAAUUAUAAAGCGUACUUAUGACAUUUAUAUUACCAUCAGAGUUAGCUUCAUUUCUUAGAAAAAACAGAAAUGUGUGUUACCUUCUGCGUGUUUUAUUAUACAGAUUAUGAAACAGACGUUUUAAAGACGGAUUAAAUAAUGCUU